AUGGGUUCCAGACUGAGCAGGCAGAGCAGCCUGGACAAUGAGAAUUUCUCCAAAAAGCGACGCAAGCUUCUAGAUAACGCGGGAGAGAGCGACAGGGGCAGUCGGGGCGGCGGGGACUUUCUGUUUGCACUGAUGCUGAAAUCAGACAAGCUUCCUGGGAUGCUGCGGAGGACCAACCACAGCCCGUACAUGAGGCGAGUGUCGUGGAUCAAAGAUAUACAGAAGCUGCUCCGUGAUCGCAGGAUCGAGCAGGCGACCGACGUGCUCAAAUUACUGAGGAAGGAUCUGGGUUUGGAAGGCGCCUCGCUCAAUGACAUCUUAUACAAGAACGCUGCAUUCCUCAACCUGGUGGACCCAAUCUCACAUGAGCUGCUGCUGAGCUUGGCCCGAGAGAUGCAGUGUCCUAAGAAGGAUGCAGACACCAUAAAGUCUUCAGAUAAGAUUUGCAGACAGCUGAUCUACCACCUGACCCCACACUCAAAGUGGCUGAGGCAGAGCAUGUCCAGACGGAAAUCCCAGGCCUGUCUCAAGACAACCCUACAGAAAAAGCUGUCCAGCGAAAGCGUCGAUCUGUCCGGCAUCCCUCUGUCUACCCGUGAUGUGCGCCAAGUCGCCUUCUACCUCCAAAACAACAGAGACACUGUGGUGGCUGUGGACAUCAGCUUCACAGAUCUCCAAGACGACAACCUGAAGUUCCUUCUGCCUCUUCUCGCCUCGCUGCCAAAACUCAGCACCCUGGCUCUUAACGGUAACCGCCUGACCCUGGCCAUACUCAAAGACCUCACAGAGAUGCUGAAAGACCCCAAGAAGUUCUCCAGCCUGGCCUGGAUAGACCUGGGCAACAACGUCGACAUUUUCACCAUGCCGCAGCCGCUGCUAGUCGCUUUACGUCGGCGCUGCAGCCUGAAGAGCAGCCUGCCCACCAUCUAUGAGUACACAGAAGGCCAGCCCUACUGCUACCACCUGGAGACGUCUAUCGAGGAGCCCAGCCACUACGAGGAGGAAGAGGAGGACGAAGAAGAGGCAGAGGAUGAUGAGGAUGACAUGGGGAACAAAUUUGUGCUGGAGCCAUGGGGCUUAGGGCAGAAGCAGCUCUCCAAAGACUUCACCCUUCACUACUGUGAGAGGUGA